GAUCCGUGAAUUAAAAUAUUUUCGUUUAAUAUCCGAUUAAUCAUUCUAUUAAUCCAUAAUUUAUUGCAAAUAAAACUUGUGAUAUUAAAAAUAAAGAAUAUUACGACAUUUCAAUGAAGUUUAACAUUGCACCCAGAUAUAAUUAUUUUUAUUAAUUCGAGGACCUUAAUUCGAAACUAAAUUCCAUCAAUAUCUAAAAAAAAGAUGGCGGACAAAAAUAAAAAUUUGUCCGUCCAAAAUGGACAAAAAGUUAUUUCUAUGAAGUUAUUUGCAACAUGGGAGGUAGAAAAGUCUUCCCCAAAUUGUAUUGCAAGAAUAUGCAGUUUAAGACUGACAAGACUUAUUGUGCUUAAACCUCUAGAAAAUGAGCUAACUUCAGUUAUAAUUGCCAUGAAAAUGCAGAGUUCAAAGCGAGUAUUGAGAUCAAAUGAGAUAGAGAUUCCACGAGGUGACACUGCCGACGUACAGCUGGAUCUGUCGUUCAUGUUGCAGUAUCCUCAUUUCCUGAAGAGAGAUGGCAACAAACUACAGGUGAUGUUACAGAGAAGAAAAAGAUAUAAAAAUCGGCCGAUUAUUGGAUAUAAAACAUUGGCUGUAGGACAACUUAGUAUGGCAGAGGUAUUACAACAUACAGAUAACAGAGAAAUGGCUCUAUAUACAGAUAUUAAAGAUCAUAAAAAUGUUGUUGCUAAGGUUACGAUGCUCAAUAUAUCCAGUUCUCCUGUAGAUCAUGAGGAGAAUCAGAAUGGAAGAAGAAAGAUGGCUUCUGAUGCAGAUCGCUCACCAGAUAUAGAUGUGGACUCUGAAGAUGAUGAAAAUGAAGAAGAUCAAGAAAACUGGUCUAAUGAUGAACUUUCUGACAGUGAACCAAUGAUGUUAGAAGAUGGGCAUUCAAGACAGCGAAAAGUCAAUAGGUCAAAGGUUAGACCUGCCAUGAAUAGGCAAAGAAAUUUGAAACAGAAGUUUGUGGCAUUGUUGAAAAGAUUCAAAAUUUCAGAAGAGGUGCUAGAUGUUGGAGCAGAUCAUGAGAUGUUAGGAGAUGGUGAAAACCCUGCAGACAUUGAUGAUCUUAUAGAAGAACUGGAAGAGUUAAGUGACAGCGAGCCAGAGCUAGAUACCAUGAGUGUUAUGUCAACACCAAAACCUAGAUUAAGGCCAUUUUUCACUGGACAGGGGAGCACUAAUGAAAUAGAUAGACAAAGUUUAACAGAUUUACCUUCUCGAAAUCUCGGAAGUGAUGAUAGCUCAAAUAGUCAAGCCAGAAAUCACAGGAUAAGUUUUGAUGAACUUAAACGCAAAGAGAGAGACACGGACCCAGAAACCUCCGAAGUUGCCAUGGCAACAAGCAUAGAGGUGCCAACAUUUAACACAGAGCACGUGAAACAACAAGAGACAAAUUCUGGUAAAUCACACACACAUUUACCGAGCACGCCACAGAAACAAGUACACCAAGUACACCAAACUCAGUUUCUAGCCAACCCACAGAAAGCAGUGUCGCGGGAACGUGCGACCUCGUAUAAAGAGAAGAAAGAGCGUAAAGAACACCGUCACUUGGAACGUUGUCACAGCAUGGGCUUGGCGGAUCAGCUGCCACGUAAAGCGUUACUGGACCAGUUAAGUUUGGUACUGGGAGGCUCAGAUGAUAAACUUCCUGACAGUUUACUUUUAGUCAAUACAGCAGAAUGGCAGGGUCAGUUAUUAGUUCAGAAGUUACAAGAGAAACAGUUGAGGAUGAUUUGUACAUGUUCUGAUGCAGAUGUUAGAGCUACAGUCAACUUUCUUGUCUCAAAAAUACAAAAAUUUUGUAAUUAUAAUUCUCGUAGUCCACAUGCUGCGAAGAUAGGUAUAGCUGGUGGGGAUGGCUUCAUCAAUUCAGUAUUACGUCCGUAUGUCGAACAAUUUUCAGCAAAGUCACCAGAUUGGCAGACAUAUGUCAAGUUUCUCAUUAUACCAUUUGGUUCAAGUGCUGUUGGGAAAUAUUUAGCACAUAUAGAUAAUACAUACAACUCUUUAUUUGGUGACUGGAUGUGGAAAGACACAUUUGAAAGAACUGAUUCUUCAUCGAAUAAAUUAGAACAAGAUCAAGUGUAUGGUAGAAUAUCAAAGUAUCUGUCAUCCGCUGGCGGUAUUGUACAGAUCCCUAUUGCAGAAGCUAUGGUUAUGUGUAGAGGGAAAGGAAGUGAGGAGGAGUCAUGUCAGGUGUUUGUCCCAUUCCUUUGUGAGGUGAAGAUAGGUACCUCUGAUGUGUUGAUGACCUCCAUGGAUAUGGAUGACAGUAUACCACAGCCGUCCUUGUCUAGCUCCCCUCCACAACAAAAUGUCAGCAAUUUAGAUAAAAAUACUCCUCCCAACUCACCUAAUGUUAGUGGAUCAGCUCCUUUUGUAGGAGUGACGCCACCUUCAGCGUCGGGCUCCUAUUCACCAAGAGAGUAUGUUGAACUUCAAGUAGAUUACUGGACCAUGGUUAAUAAGACAGAAUCGUCAGACAAAGUUGAUAAAUCCAGUAAGAAGGACAGUAACAAGUCCUCGCUAAAGUCUGUGUUCAAAUCAUUACAAGUUGUCCGUCUGUCUCCUCAACAUUUACUCCCAUCUCUGGCAGACAAUCAGACAGUACCAUUUGCAUUAACAGUUGUCACACGAGAAAAGAAACAGAAAAUACGAAUUGGAAAGAAGUCAAAAGAAGAGUCAAAAACAUCAACGUAUGAAGGCAUAAGCAGACUGAUAUGUACCUCCAAAAGUCUUAACCAGUCACUUAAAGUGACAGUGGAUGGUGUAGACUGGGUCGGUGUUAAAUUCUUCCAGCUGUCCUCACAAUGGCAAACACACAUCAAACAUUUCCCUGUGUGUACUUUUACAACAGACAUUGGACCAGUCACAUGAUGAGACUUGGUUGCCAUGGAAACAGACACUCAUUAUUAGUUAUUGUAAUUUGGUGGGCACGUUCAUUUGUGUAAUGCAAUAAGGAAAGUAGAAGUUACAAAGUAGAAA